AUGAGCCAAAAUACAAAAACACAUUAUUGUACAUUUUAUUUCCAGGAAUUAUCAGAGGUUGGGUUUGAUCACCUUCCGAAGGGCAAAGACAGAUCGUUACAUAUAAUAAGGGCACAAAGAGCGAGAAGAUUUGGAAGCAAGCUACCACCUCCCUACCCAAAUGGGUGGUUUGCCCUGGUAGAGAGUAGGGACUUGAAAGUCGGUGGUGUUGUUGCUGUAGAUGCUUUGGGACUAAAUCUUUGCGUCUAUCGAGGUGAAGAUGGAACAGCGAGGGUAGUAGACGCCUACUGUCCCCAUUUGGGAGCGAAUCUAGCGGUUGGGGGUAAUGUUUGCGGUAAUUGUAUCGAGUGUCCCUUCCAUCAGUGGAAGUUUGGAGAGGAUGGGCAGUGUGUCAGUAUACCUCAAACGGAAACAGUACCCAAAGGUAUAUCAAUAAAGACAUAUCCCUCUAUGGAGAUUGAUGGAUCAGUAUGGGUUUGGUACGAUGUUCAGGGACGACCGCCGUUCUGGACUGUUGAGGAGUCAGACGAGACGAAGAACUGGGGGUACAGAGGCAGGAAUGAGUUUCUCGUCAAUGCUCAUAUUCAAGAAAUACCAGAAAAUGGCGCUGACGUGGCACAUUUGAACGCAGUUCACAAUAUUUCGUUACUAACCGAUAUCGGAUACAAGUACCCGUUUUUAAAUAAUAUUAUUGGUUCCCAUAAAUGGAGUGCGGAGUGGUCUAAGGGUGAAAUAGACCACUUGGCCCACAUUAAAAUCGCUCACCAAUAUAUUAUAAUGAAGUUCGAUGUGUUUCCCAUCAACGUAACGGUACAUCAGAUAGGUCCUGCGCAUGUGCGACUACGCUUCUACUCGCCACUCGGUCCGAUGACAAUCAUACAAUCCGUGACGCCGAUAGCACCGUUGGUGCAAAAAGUCGUCCACAGGGUGUACACACCGCGUUAUAAUGCAAUCCUCGGCGCUGCUCUAGUGCUUAUGGAAGCUUAUCAAUUUGCAAGAGACGUGGCUAUAUGGAACAACAAACGGUACGUCAGUUCGCCCGCCUACGUGAAAAACGACAAAACAAUACGUACAUUCAGAUCAUGGUUCUCACAGUUUUACAGCGAGCAAAGUGUCUCUUUGAAGGAUGCUUUGCAAAAUCCAUUAGAUUGGUGA